GGGGGCUGCCCCCGCAGCCCACCAUGGCCGGGCCGAGGCUGGCCCUCGCCGCCGCGCUCCUCUGCAGCUGCACCUCGCCGGUGGCCGACGCCAACUCCUGGUGGUCUUUGGCCAUGAACCCCAUCCAGAGGCCUGAGAUGUACAUCAUCGGCGCCCAGCCGGUGUGCAGCCAGCUGCCGGGGCUGUCCCCCGGGCAGCGCAAGCUCUGCCAGCUCUACCAGGAGCACAUGGUGUUCAUCGGGGAAGGGGCCCGCAGCGCCAUCAAGGAGUGCCAGUACCAGUUUCGGCAGCGGCGGUGGAACUGCAGCACGGUGGACAACACUUCCGUCUUUGGCAGGGUGAUGAAAAUAGGUAGCCGCGAGACCGCCUUCACCUACGCGGUGAGCGCCGCCGGUGUGGUGAAUGCCAUCAGCCGUGCGUGCCGCGAGGGCGAGCUGUCCUCGUGCGGCUGCAGCCGAACCGCCCGGCCCAAGGACCUGCCCCGGGACUGGCUGUGGGGUGGCUGCGGGGACAACGUGGAGUACGGCUACCGCUUUGCCAAGGAGUUCGUGGAUGCCAAGGAGAGGGAGAAGAACUACGUGAGAGGUUCGGAGGAGCAGGCUCGCAUGCUGAUGAACCUGCAGAACAACGAGGCUGGCCGCAGGGCCGUGUACAAGCUGGCAGACGUGGCCUGCAAGUGCCACGGCGUGUCGGGCUCGUGCAGCCUCAAGACCUGCUGGCUGCAGCUGGCCGAUUUCCGCAAGGUGGGCGACCUGCUCAAGGAGAAGUAUGACAGCGCCGCGGCCAUGAGGAUCAGCCGCAAGGGCAAGCUGGAGCUGGUCAACAACCGCUUCAACAUGCCCACCCAGGAGGACCUGGUCUACGUGGACCCCAGCCCGGACUACUGCCUCCGCAACGAGACCACGGGCUCACUGGGCACGCAGGGCAGGCUGUGCAACAAGACCUCGGAGGGCAUGGAUGGCUGCGAGCUGAUGUGCUGCGGCCGGGGCUAUGACCAGUUCAAGAGCGUGCAGGUGGAGCGCUGCCACUGCAAGUUCCACUGGUGCUGUUAUGUCAAGUGUAAAAAGUGCACAGAGAUCGUCGACCAGUACGUCUGUAAAUGAACGGAGCCGCCAAAGCAACAAAUCUAUAUUAUAUAAAUCUAUAUAAAUAUAUUUUAUAUUUGUAUAAAUAAACAGAUGGUGAUAAUAAUU